GCCCCGCCAUAUGCUUGAACGCAUAUUUUACAUCGUUCUUUAGUGUUGUAUUAGAGACCAACAAGGGAUUUCAUUUCGUUGCCUGUAUUCCUCGUAUUUGCAUGGUUAGACUUUCAUGGCCACUGUGCAUUUCUCUUUUAUUCAUCUCGUACACCACCUUGGCCAAAAAAGGGCCACUUUGAUCUCUGCAGAAAUGCAUACAAUAGCAUCCUCGGCCUAAACUUUGCAUUGAAUUUUCAUUUCAGUGCUCAUGUGAAGUUGUAUUUAGCAAUACUGAUUGUUGAUGAGUUAAAAUCUCCGACUACCAUGCAAAAAUUACAGAUCACUCGUGUUAAGUAUAGGCAUGAAGGCUUCCAUUUUGUGCAAUGCACCUGCAAGUUGGUUGCUCUAUAUAAUUUGUUCAUAUUCUCCUCUCUCUUUAUUUCAGGAUCUGCAAAUUUCUACAACAGGUCUUCUGAUAGACUUGAAGCCCUCAAUUCCCAAAGGUCACUGGACAAUGUACUUCAGAAAUAUGCUUUCAGAGCAUGCAUUCAUCCAAAAACAGGUAUUAUCUAUGAUGCCCAAGUACCCAAUAACAUGUCUGGAAUCCAAGUCCAUGCGGUCAGACUCAGGAGUGGUAGUUUAAGGAGCAGAGGAUUUGUUUACAAUGAAUUUGAUAUUCCAGCAGGAGUUGUAGUUCAGCCUUAUGUUAAAAGACUUGUGCUUGUCUAUCAAAACCUUGGAAAUUGGUCCUCUCUUUACUACAACAAUCUUGGAACUAAUCAGAGGUUUAAGCUUGUGGCACCUGUUUUAGGUCUUUUAGCUUAUAAUAAAUCUGCUCGUGUUAAAAGCUCUGACAAUCUUCAAGAAGCUCAUAUUUUGGCUACAAAGAAGCCCAUCAACGUAAGAUUCACAAGUGUUGAUUCUCAGAAAGGCUUGGUAGUGACCCCUUUGUGCAUUUUUUUUAAUUUGAAUGGAUCUGUGAGUCUAAGUAAUAUGUCUUCUUCCUAUGUUUGUACUACAUAUUACCAAGGGCAUUUCUCUCUGGUCAUUCAGUCUCUUGCCCCUAUUCCAGCCCCUUCUGCAGGGUCAAUAGUUUCUGGUUUUCCCUCCUCUCCUUCAUCAAAGAAAAUUCCAAAUAGCAUUCCUUAUGUGUUUCCAGAGAAACAUGAAUCUAAUACAUGGAAAUUUGCACUUGGAUCUCUUCUUGGAGGGUCCAUGGUAUUGGGGGUCACAGGAGUCUUCGGUUUUUGCCUCCACAAGCGCAGGCAGAAAUCAAUGAUCACAAGAAUGGAACAUCGAGCUGACCAAGGAGAGGCCUUGCAGACUGCCCUGAUUGGCCAGAGCAGAGCUCCAACAGCAUCCGGCCUUAGGACACACCCAAAGCUGGAGAAUGAAAACAUCACAUAGACAGAAAGUUAAAAAGUCUCUAGUUGGAUCAAAAUUCAGUAGUCAAGAAGUUAAUUUUAAAAAACUUUUUUCUCUAGAAAUAGCAUACGGAUAGAUGGUUUUGGUUGCAACAUGUAUGGUUCAGUGGUUUGCACAAUCUUGCCGCUUGUGCAGAUCAUCAUCAGGUUCAGAAUUAUGCUAAUUGAAGGGUAAUGAUAGUGCUGAAGAUAAUGGGUUCUGUUUCCAUUGUGUUUAGAGGCCAUCCUCUGGAACAAGGAUUGUCCACACUCAAUGCCUCUCUGUACUGACUGUUUGGGUAUUUAACUGGGUGUUACUGCAUUUGGGGUGUCUUUUUAUUCCUUUUCAGACUUGUAUUCUGUUAAAUCUUAGCGUCACAUAACGUGAAAUUUGAGUUCUAA